GGAAGCUAGCUAGCCAGCUAGCUAGCUAACUGACCCGCCGCCAUCUCCCCCUCUCUCCGUCGGGAGUGACCGGCUGUGUGUCUUCCGCCAUGGGUAACGCUGCCACCGCCAAGAAGGGCAACGAGCUAGAGAGCGUUAAAGAGUUCCUAGCCAAAGCCAAAGAAGAUUUCUUGCGGAAAUGGGAAUGCCCACCACAGAGCACGACGUGCCUAGAUGACUUUGAGAGAUUAAAGACUCUGGGGACCGGCUCGUUUGGGAGGGUCAUGCUGGUGAAGCACAAAGGAACGGAGCAGUACUUUGCCAUGAAAAUACUGGACAAGCAGAAGGUGGUGAAACUUAAACAAAUAGAACACACGUUGAACGAGAAGAGGAUAUUACAAGCCGUUAGCUUCCCCUUUCUGGUCAGACUCGAGUACGCUUUUAAGGACAACUCCAAUUUGUACAUGGUGAUGGAGUAUGUUCCUGGAGGCGAGAUGUUCUCACACUUGCGACGGAUUGGGAGGUUCAGUGAGCCGCACGCGCGCUUCUAUGCCGCCCAGAUCGUGCUGACCUUUGAGUACCUCCAUUCGCUAGAUCUCAUCUACAGAGAUCUGAAACCUGAGAACCUUCUCAUCGACCACCAUGGCUACAUUCAGGUGACGGACUUCGGUUUUGCCAAGCGAGUUAAAGGCAGAACUUGGACGUUGUGUGGAACACCUGAGUACCUGGCCCCAGAAAUCAUUCUUAGCAAAGGCUACAACAAAGCUGUGGACUGGUGGGCCCUCGGAGUCCUCAUCUAUGAAAUGGCGGCCGGCUACCCGCCGUUCUUUGCCGACCAGCCCAUUCAGAUCUACGAGAAGAUCGUCUCCGGAAAAGUGCGCUUCCCCUCCCACUUCAGCUCGGACUUGAAAGAUCUGCUUCGAAACCUGUUGCAAGUGGACCUGACCAAGCGCUUCGGCAACCUGAAAAAUGGCGUCAACGACAUCAAGGGACACAAGUGGUUCGCUACCACGGACUGGAUCGCCAUCUACGAGAGGAAGGUGGAGGCCCCGUUCAUCCCAAAGUGCAGAGGCCCCGGGGACACCAGCAACUUCGACGACUACGACGAGGAGGAGAUCCGCGUUUCCGUCACGGAAAAAUGCGUGAAGGAGUUUGCCGAUUUUUAGGGACUGGACGGAUCGGGGACGUGCGACAACGGAAUACGUCAGGGAGAUAAAGGGAUCUUUGCACUCUUCCGAGGACUUGGAAUUGAAUCAGAGACCACGUUUCCUCGCCCCGUCCUAUUCUUCCCACUUGUACGACACACAGCUCGAUGAGGUCGCCAUGAUCUUUUGGUGCCGAUAACCUCUCACUGUCACCUACACCCUGCGUAUUAAAGCAGACACGCCACCUUUUCAUUUUUUCUUUUUUUUUUUAAAUACACUAUUUGUUUUGUACUUUGGAAAGGAGGUAGUUGUCUUCACUCCCUUUUUAAAUGGACAGAAAAUAAGAUGACACAAGGGAUUGACUCGUGUUGUGUUCAUGGCCCGGCAUGGAGAAGGUAGCAUUUGUCAUUUGUCCUGUUUUGUGAGAAGCUAUGGUUUUAACCGGGCGAAGGAACAGAAUUUCUUCUCCUUUGCUUUUUGCCUUGAAAAAGUGAGAGGAAAAGCAUCAUCCGACCCCCGGCGCUGAGAAUAUGAAACCUUGUUACAUUACUACACGUGUUAAUUUGUUACUCUGGUUUGUCUACGAUUUUAGUCAUGUUUUUAUUCCUGAUUCCCUCCAUAGAUUUAAGGUCUGCUUACAAAAGACCCGUUGUUACAAUACAUGACAGAUCUAUACAUUGAAAGAGUGAAAAAGAAAUCCUCUUGGGAUUUUUCAAACAUUUUGUUUAAAAGUUGAGGUCAAUAUCAAUAGUAUUGAAGCGUUGCGCCUCAUUUUGGUGAAAGAAGUACAGACUAUCAAUUGAUUUGGACUGAACAGAACAUGAAAAUGCAGCUGUAUUUGUUACCACACGUGAAGGAUUGUUUGAGUUUUAUUUUUUUUCAAGAAUGUGGAUUGCAAACUUAUUUGGGGGGCAUAUUUGAAUGCUUGGAUUUAAAGGUACUGUUUUCCUCACCCAAUACACUGGCUUAAUGAAGAACUGCUCCUUUGUAUCACAUGUAACCCUGUUCUUGUUCAGCUCAUUACAAUAUACGUAUAUGCAUUGAUUCAUAUAUUUUUAUUUAUACACAUUAGAGAUGCUAUUAAAUUUUAUUUUUAAAAGUG